UUAUUCAUCAGUCCACCGCGUAAAGGUAAAAGGCUCCUCUGUAUAAAACAACUAUUUUCUCGCUUCCCUGUCUCACUCUUCAGUUCCCACCUUCACUCUGCAAAGAUCGGAUCACAUUCUGCUCUCUGUAUUGGCCGAGCCCUCUGAGAUUGUUCCCAGUUUGUGAAAAUGGCUCAGAUUUUGCUUCAUGGAACUCUUCACGCCACGAUCUAUGAAGUGGAUAGGCUGCACGCUGGAGGCGGUGGGAAUUUCUUGAGCAAGUUUAUGGAGAAUGUUGAGGAGAAGAUUGGUUUUGGCAAAGGGACUCCCAAAAUUUAUGCAACUAUUGAUUUAGAAAAAGCUAGAGUUGGGAGAACUAGAAUAAUAGAGAAAGAACCUAACAACCCCAGGUGGUACGAGUCUUUUCACAUUUACUGUGCGCAUAUGGCUUCAAAUGUAAUAUUCACUGUCAAAGACGAUAACCCUAUUGGUGCCACUUUAAUUGGAAGAGCUUAUGUACCGGUCCAUGAACUCUUGGACGGGGAAGAAGUAGAUAGGUGGGUGGAGAUAUUGGAUGAAGACAAGAAUCCUAUACAUGAAGGAUCCAAGAUCCAUGUGAGGUUGCAGUUUUUUGAUGUCCCCCGAGAUCGCAACUGGGCUCGUGGAAUUAAAAGUGCUAAGUAUCCUGGGGUUCCAUAUACAUUUUAUCCCCAGAGAACAGGAUGUCGGGUUUCGCUGUACCAGGAUGCUCAUGUGCCAGACAAUUUUAUUCCAAAGAUUCCCCUAUCUGGAGGAAUUCACUAUGAGCCCCAUAGGUGUUGGGAAGAUGUUUUUGAUGCAAUCACGAAUGCAAAGCACUUUAUUUACAUCACUGGUUGGUCUGUUUACACUGAGAUCACUUUGAUAAGGGACUCGAGGAGAUCAAAGCCAGGAGGUGAUAUCACCCUCGGUGAGCUCCUUAAGAAUAAAGCAAGUGAAGGUGUUAGGGUUCUUAUGCUUGUUUGGGAUGAUAGAACCUCUGUGGGUUUACUAAAGAAAGAUGGUUUGAUGGCUACCCAUGAUGAAGAGACAGAACACUUCUUCCAAGGUACCGAUGUGCACUGUGUCUUGUGUCCUCGGAAUCCAGAUGAUGGGGGCAGCUUCGUUCAGGACUUGCAAAUUUCUACCAUGUUUACUCAUCAUCAGAAGAUUGUGGUGGUCGACAGUGAUUUGCCUAGUGGAGAAUCAGAGAAGAGGAGAGUCGUGAGUUUUGUGGGAGGUAUCGAUCUUUGUGAUGGAAGAUAUGAUACUCCAUUCCAUUCACUUUUCAGAACAUUGGAUACUGCUCAUCAUGACGAUUUUCAUCAGCCUAAUUUCACUGGAGCUGCAAUCACGAAAGGUGGACCAAGGGAGCCUUGGCACGACAUCCAUUCCCGGUUGGAGGGGCCAAUUGCAUGGGAUGUUCUGUUUAAUUUUGAGCAGAGAUGGAGGAAGCAAGGCGGGAAGGACAUCUUACUCAACUUGCGGGAGCUUGACGAUGUCAUUAUCCCCCCAUCUCCUGUGACGUACCCUGAUGACCAAGAGACAUGGAAUGUCCAAUUAUUCAGAUCAAUUGAUGGUGGGGCAGCCUUUGGAUUCCCUGAAACACCUGAAGAGGCUGCCCGAGCGGGUCUUGUAAGUGGGAAGGACAAUAUAAUAGAUCGAAGCAUUCAAGAUGCAUAUAUCAAUGCUAUACGCCGGGCCAAGAAUUUCAUUUAUAUAGAAAAUCAGUAUUUUCUGGGAUCCAGUUUUGGGUGGGAAUCUGACGAUAUUAAAGUUGAGGACAUUGGAGCACUACAUCUAAUUCCUAAAGAACUUUCCAUGAAGAUUGUCAGCAAGAUUGAGGCUGGAGAAAGAUUCACCGUCUAUGUUGUUGUCCCUAUGUGGCCUGAAGGGAUUCCAGAGAGUGCAUCUGUUCAAGCUAUACUAGAUUGGCAGAGGAGAACAAUGGAGAUGAUGUACAAAGAUGUCGUCCAGGCCCUUCGCGCUAAGGGCAUCGAGGAGGACCCUAGAAAUUACUUAACAUUCUUCUGCCUUGGCAACCGAGAGGUGAAGAAGAGUGGAGAGUAUGAGCCUUCCGAGCAACCUGAACCUGACUCAGACUAUCAAAAAGCUCAGGAGGCUCGGCGAUUCAUGAUCUACGUCCAUGCAAAGAUGAUGAUAGUUGACGACGAAUACAUAAUAGUCGGAUCAGCCAACAUCAACCAAAGAUCAAUGGAUGGUGCACGCGAUUCUGAGAUUGCGAUGGGCGCCUACCAGCCAUAUCAUCUGGCCACCAGGCAGCCGGCAAGGGGUCAGAUCCACGGUUUCAGGAUGGCAUUGUGGUAUGAACACCUCGGCAUGCUUGACAACACGUUCAUCCGCCCUGAGAGCGAGGAAUGUGUGGCGAAGGUCAACGAGAUAGCCGACAGGUACUGGGAUCUCUAUGCGAGCGAAGAGUUGGAACGGGACCUGCCAGGUCACUUGCUCCGCUACCCUGUCGGUAUUGCCAGUGAAGGAGAGAUCACGGAACUGCCAGGAACCGAGUUCUUUCCCGACACAAAAGCGCGUAUUCUCGGUUCCAAAUCUGACUACCUCCCGCCUAUCCUUACCACCUAAGCUGAACCUCUCACCUCAACAAGUAAGAAAUAAGCUCGCGUUUUUGCAGCGAAUAAGAUGCUACUUUUGUGUUAUAUUCUGGUUAAUGAUAUCAUGUCAUAAAUCUGUAGGAGGUGCAGAGAUAAUAGACGAGGGUUGAUGUUGCUGGUGUUGGAUUUAGAUUUCAGGACUGACAUGUGUUGUUCAAAGUCUACUGCUAGCCCGGUGUUUGCUCUUUCAUGACUUUGGCUUUCCAUUGUUGUGUAUCAGUUUUUUCGUAGUUUGUCAAUUGAGUUGCUGUUGAUGGUCUGUAAACUGGAUUACACAAAGAGCAUUGCCUAAAACUUAUUUAUUUCUUACAA